AUGGACGAGUCGAAAAAUCAAGCACUUUUAAAAAAACAAAACUUUAAUGGGAAUUUCAGUGACGAACCAUCUAAACCGAUUCUGGAUCCUUCUUGCAAGAACGCUCUGGUGAUUGGUGGAUCCGAUGGUUUCGGCUUCGCGGCGGCUGAUCAUCUCUUGUGCAAAGGAGCACGUACUGUUAUAAUCGCUGACGACAAUCCCGAUCAAGGACAAAUCGCAGUGGAAAGAUUGCGCGACAGCCACGGGAAUAGCCGCGCAGAAUUCGUUCAUUACGACGUGAAAAGUGAUUGCCACGUCCAAGCUGGUUUGGAUCGCGCUCUCUGCAAGCUGGAAACCAUUCACAUUCUUUUCAACGAUCUCGACAAAGAACGACGGCCGUCUACGUGCCCGAUCUCGUCGAAGGAAAACAGCGUGGUGAGAACGAUUCGAGUGGGUCUGAAGCUUCUCGGGAGAGAUCAAGGUGGCACUGGCGGGAUAAUAGUAAACUGCGCGAGCAUUUUUGGCUUCAUGGGAUGGCCUGACGAUCCGUUUCCGGUUUACUGCAAGAAGGAGCCAGCUAUUGAAGUGACGCGAGAUUACGCGAGAGAACAUAAAGGAGACGAAACGGGUGUUCGUGUGGUGGCCAUUUGUCCAACGAACAAACUCUUCGCCGACAUAGGCCUGCCGGAUUUUCCAGAGCCUAUACCGAAUAAACGGACAUGCGAGAUGCCAGCCUGUAUGCCAAAGUCGAAGCAUCAGAUUGGAACUGCUUUGAGCUACGUGUUAGCCUGGGCAAAAAGCGGUAGCACGUGGAUCGUAGAACCAGCAGUAAGCGUCCAUCAACUUCCUCGGUUGAUUCGCUUCCCGGAGAAGGAAGGUGAAAAGGUCGAUCCUAAGGUCUACGAAGCACGACCUUGCCCAGUGAAAAUAGAAAAUAGACCUUGCGUCGAUCGACCUGCAGCGUGUACACCCACGGAGAAGGAAACGUGUGUAAAGAAGAAGAAGAAGAAGAAGAAGAAAGGUGAAGGUGACGAUGGUCAACCAGACUAGGAAACAAUCCAACUUAACUGGAUUGUAAAUGAUGUUAACAAUUUAGAAAAUUGCACGUUGCAGCAACUGCUACGGCUGCUUGACAAAUUUUAGGAAAAUUCCUGAAUACUUAGAAUACUUUCUCUUUACUUUCGUAAUCUGCCUUCGAGAACGAAGAUUAAAGUCGAGAUGCAUAUUUUUGAAAAUAGUAACUGAUAAAAACUAUAAACAAUCGCUACUUUGUUUUUAAUAU